AUGGCGUUCUUCCUCCGGCGUCCCUUCGCCGUAUCCUCGGCUCUCCGUCAAGCCCCCAAGCUUUCCUCCAACACCUCCCGUUUCAUCCACAACUCCCCGUUCAAGCCACAGGCCACCAAGCCGCUGGGAGCCUCGUCCAUCCUGAACAAGUCCCGUCAAACCUUCCAGAAUGCAUUCCGCCGGACAUACAUGCAGCAGUCCACCACCACUGCGCAAGGUGGCAACGCCACCUCGAAGCUGGUGUACGGCGCUGCCAUCGUUGGCGGCACCAUUAUGGCCACCAAUUUCAUCUUCAACCGCGAGACCCGCGAGGACGGUGGCAUGCCCGCAUUCGAGCGCAGCUUUCUGAAUGAAACCUUCAUGCACACCGGUCUCGGUAUCGGUAUUAUCGGUAUUGCGGCGCGCGCUCUGCAUAUGAACGGUUGGUCGUACCGCCUGAUGGCCUUCAACCCGUGGGUUGUCGUGGGUCUCGGUCUGGUUGGUAGCAUUGGCACGAUGUACGGCACUUUCUACACGUCUCCGGAUAAUUACGUCAUGAAGUACGGCCUCUGGACCGCCUUCAACCUCACCCAGGCCGCGCUCCUCUCCCCUCUGAUGUUCAUGCACCCCGCCCUGCUCGCCCGUGCUGGUCUCUACACCGUUGGCAUGAUGGGUUCGAUUGCCUUCGUCGGCGCCACUGCCAAGCAGGAGAAGUACCUCUACCUCGGCGCCCCGCUGCUUGCCGGUGUGACCAUCGUCGCCCUAUCUGGAUUCGCUCCCCUGGUUCUGCCCGCCACCGCUGCCCGCACCCUGAUGUGGUCUGAGCGCAUCUGGCUGUACGGCGGUCUCGCUGUCUUCGGUGGCUUCACCCUCUACGACGUGCAGAAGAUUCUGCACCACGCUCGUCUGGCCGAGCGCGGUCUGAUCCAGCGCGAUGUCGUCAAUGAGAGUGUUAGCCUCGAGCUGGACUUUAUCAACAUCUUCAUCCGUAUGGUCCAGAUUCUCGGCAUGCGGAGCAACAACCGGAAGUAG